CCUCUUCCUUCCCUCCUGCAAAGCUUUUGCCGGCGUCUCGCAAACUAUCGAUCAGUUGACAUUACGAUCUCGAACGCGUUUAUAUCCGUCUUCAUUUUCACGUAAAUAUUUACGAGUGAUUAGAUGAUAACCCGGACAAUGAUGCGUCAAGGUUACUAAGAAGCGAAGCGCAACUGCCGCAAGCCUUCAAGUUGCGCGGGGUGUUCCAGACAGCCACAUGCUAAAAUUGCGGCUGGUUUCGACACACUUCCUCAAGCAGCCAUAGAUUCGUAUAAUGUGUCGCGAUAGAGAUAUGAAUCCCUAAAUUCAGCUUAGCAUCGUAGUCUUUUUCGUCAAAUUCAUAGCUGUUACUGCGCCUUUAUCAUUUCUUAUAUCGUAUCGUUAUAUUAUUAUAUCAAUCAAGCCUUCGUUCGAUUCAAGCAACAUCAAUAAUAACAACUUUAGUUUCAUUAUUUUGUUUAAACUGUGAAGGUUUUAAAACAAGUUUAUCAAUCGAAUUCUUCCACCGAAUGAUGAAAGGAUCUGUCCCGAAGGAGGUGCCACAAAAACUAGUGGCCAGGAUCGAACAGGAGCACAAAAUAUGCAAAGCGAAGAAAGUACAGUUGUCGGCUGUUUGCGCUGCAUCGACCGCAGCGCCCGCGUCGGCUGCCGCUGUCACCAGAAUGACAGCUCAGACGUUCGACGAGGCCAAGUCGACGAAAGCGCGCAAGAGGAAAGAGAGACAAGAGAGUGUCAGUAGCCUGUGUCAGGAAAGGAAAGUGAUAAGAUCAAACUCAGAAGAGAGACCUCACCCGACAAAAUGCACCGACUCCAAAUCCACCUCUAUACGUCGAGUGUCCAGUUCUGGAGAUUUCCCCAAGUCCGAGGGAGAAGACAAGAAUGGACAUUCGCCGAACCGUAUCCCUUUGUCGGACAAAACUCUCACCUACGAUGACCACGAGCACGAAAGGAGGAGGUCGCACGAGAGGUUCGCCAGGCCUCAUACGCUCAAAAGCAAGAAGUACCCUGGGAAGAGGUUCAAGGUGCGAUGCGUAUCCAAGGUGAAGGUUAAGAGUGAGAUGGUGUUCUCAGAACGGGAGGUUUUGAAGAAGACAACAUCUAAUGGGAAUACAGAUUUGGAACAACAUUCAAUCAUCACCCACGCCGAGUUCAAAGACCAGGACUCGUUGAACUCCACAAACUUCUUGAGUUUGCGACCAGUGGAUAUAGAUCGCUCACCAAGCCCUACCCACACUCCUAUAUCACCAGUUCUGGACUUUUCCACACUCCACGAACAGAUUGAUUGCAACGAACCAGUUGUAUCCAGACCAAUUCAAGUAGAAGAAAAUACGGAAACCCUACCAAGUCUCUCCGUAGCAACCAACAGAUUGCUUUCAUCCCCGAGAAACUCUAUCAUAGCUACACACAGGAUUUAUCUUGAUCCUGAUGUACCCCAAACUAACUCUUCACUGGAGAAAAUUAUACAGAACCCCAUUGAAGAAAAGGUUCAGAAAAUAACCAAGCACAUUAAUAGUUACAAGAAGAAAAUCAAAGCUUAUGAGGCGGAGUUUGAAGUUAAGAAUGGUUACAAACCUUCGCAGAUAGAUAAAUUAAACGAUGGUACGCUGAGGAAGUACUAUACUGAACUAAGUAAGCUGAAGAAAGAGCAGAAACAGUUUUCUGAGAUAUCAGCUAACUGUCCUAUGAUCGAUUUGACUGGGAAAAUGAUACAAAGUAUAAAGGCUAUAAGUUUGAAAGAUACUGUAAAUGAAAUUGAACAGAAAUUAUUGCAAAAACGUGAGAGUGGCAAACGUGGUUUCAACUUGGAAACUAUGACGUCAGAACAACUGAUGGAUGAAAAGGUAGCAAUGCAGAAGGCUUUGCUAUUUUUGGAAUCUAUACAUGGAAGACCUCAGAUCAAACAAGACAGAGAUCUGGUACGGCCCUUCUAUGACAGGUACAGGAUUUUGAAGAGGAUGGUUGCUAAAAAUUCAAUAUCUGGUCCCAUUGGAGAACUGGCAACAAUCCACGAAAACGAAGCCAUGCACUUCGUCACACCCACAUCGUCAUCUAACGACACCGAAUCGGAACAAACAGAAUACGUACCACCAAGUGGUCCCACACCAACCAACAACACUGACAGUGAAACGGACACCUCCCUGAGUGAAAAACUUCACUCCAUGUCCAAAAUGGAACUACUAGAACAGCUCAGACUGACCACAGAAGAGAAGAAAGUCCUCAAAAGGAAGAUUAAGGAGUUCGAGUUGAACUUGCAAGCUAAAUCUGGCAAAAUGUUAUCCAAGGAGGACAAAGUACCGAUGGAACAUGUUUACGCAGCAUACAGAGCGACGAAAAGUCGAUUAAAGUUGUUAGAGGCCUUGGUCUCGAAGCAAUAAAGAAAGGUAUAUACAGGGUGGUGCGGUUUUAAUAAAAUAAACCUCUUUAGGUAAUGAAAAAAGCGAUUUUGAGUUGAGUAAUUUAUAUAAACUAACUCGGUACCGUCUAGCAGUGAAGUAAAGUAAGAGAUAUUUUGUCAAUAUUAUGGUAUGGAUGACUGAUUGGCCGAAUGAUCUGGAACGAUUGAGGCCAAUCAAUUUAACAGUUUUGUAGUCAUUUCUUCUCUAUAUUUUUUUUUACAUUUCGAUUUCCAAAUUUGAAUAAUUUUGGACAAGCCGAUUUUAAGUAAUUUAAGAAAAACUGCAUCUUUUUUAAAUUCAAACUGAACAGGUAACAAUGCGUAACCAGGCAAAUGUCAACAUGGAGUUCUUGAGAUUUUUAAAUAGAAUAACAACUAUGUAAAAAACUGCGCAUACUAAUAUACCUAAUUCAUACAAAACGUAGAUAAGAGAUAAUAUGAUUUUAUAGAUUUAACUAUGAUUUAUAAAUAUGAUUCAGAAAUACGUAUUUCAAAUUGUGUUAUAAGGUGUGUCAUUUUUAUUUUUUUGUUUUAGUGAUACAUAUCAUUUUAUUGCUUCAGUCACUGUUUUAUCAUUCGAUAAUAUUCUUAUCGUAUUGACAAAAGAUAAUAUUUUUUUUUACUAAAAGGUUCCAAUUAGUUAUGAAAACCACUUCCAUAAUUUACUUAAAACUGAAUUAUAGUAUAUUAUAGUACCAUUUUAUACGAUCAUACAGUAUAAAUAAGAUCCCUGUUUAUAAGAACUGUUCAACCCAAAAUCGCGUCUGUAGUUUUUUUUUAAACUGGGACACCCCGUUCACAAUUCUGAAAAAAAAGUAAUAUUUUUAAGACCUGUUCUGUUAAUACCAAUAUUUUCGAUGUAUUUUUAAUAGUUGAAUAGGUCUCUAACCAUUUUUACAUGACUUUGGUGUGUUUAUAUCUAGAUAUUUUACUAUUUAUUCGAUAUAAUAUAAUACUUUUUAUAAUUAUUAGUACCAGUUUGAUAGAAAUCUUUACUUAUUAUAAAUGCAUGUGCAGUGGAAUCCACCUAUACUGAACUUACAAUAACGCUUACAAUAACAAAAUAAGUAUUCCAUCUUACUAUAAAAAUGACCGGUAGAAACACACAACAAACAGAAAGAAACUAAAAAUAGUUAAUUAUUUUCGCUUACAACGUUACCAAUAAAUGCACUGAAUAAAAACAGCGUCAUAAUAGGCAUAGAUAAAACAUUUUCAGUGCGAGCUUUAUUAUGGAUUUGUUCUCAUAGGUCAAUCACGAACAGGCAGAGUCAAUCAUAUGUCGAAAUUUAUGUAUAUAUUGUAUAUAAAUGAUUCUGAGUGGCUCUUAUUGAUUUGUGAUGGUUCUGAGAAAAAGUUUAAGCUCGAAUCUAAACCGGAUAUAGAAUAAACUAACUAUUUCUACACUUUAUAUAGUACCUUUGACGCUAAAUUAGGAAAACUGUUAUUGUAUAAACUGCUAUUAUGUACAUUUAAAUAAUAAUGUGUAUUCCUCUUUAAGUGAUACUAUUUUUAAUGUUAAAACACGUACCUUGAAAUACUAUAUAUUUAUUAUCAAGGUGAAAUGUUUUGUAUAAAUAUCUUGCCAAAAUAAUGUUAAAUAAGAAGACAUGAUUCUAUAAGAACGUUUAAAAUAUUAUGUAUAAUAAGACCUCUGUACCUACUUAAGAUGUAAUGGAGUAUAAAAAAAGGUAUAGUAUAGCACCAAAUAUAAAAUAUUACAGGUUUGACAUUACAAUCAUCAGUACCUAGUUUAAUUAGGUACCCUUGUUGUCACCAUUUAAGUCUUCCUAUUCUAGCACAAGUUCUCAAAGCAAUCAAAAUAACCAUCUUCCAGAAUUCUGUUUUAUAAAAAUUAAUUUUUAUCAUAUAUGUUACCAAAUCUAUCUCUUACUAUUUAUUUCAUUUUUUAAUAUUUAAAUAUUAAGAAAGAUUAUAUUAUUAUAAUCUCCCUUUAAAGUUAGAUAAUUAACACCACAGCCUGUUUGAAACCAGCCUGUCUAUUUAGCCUAUAAUUUGUAUGAAAUAGGUUGGGUUCUGAGAUCUUUUGAAGCUUUUUGUUUAAACAAAUGAUUCAGACUGUGGAUACUGUGACUGCUGCCAUGUGUAUCAGAAUAGGCGCAGAAGGAAACAUGAGGAUACUCAAAAACAGGCGAAGGUGACCAGCUGGUACUAAAUAAGCUGUGCUUAUAGCUAUUAAUCUAUUUUAAAGACAUUUUUAAAUAUUUCGAAGAAGUUAUUUGAUGCUAUACUAAUAUACUUAUCUGUUCAAAUUAACAAUAUCUCAUACUAAGUCAAAACUAAAACUUCAUUCAGAACUUCGAAAUUAGCGGAAUAAAUUAGUGGUUUAAAUUAUAGCGCUAGCGUUUGGCCCUCUAAUUUCAAUGACACAUUCGAUCAGAACGUCAAAAUUAUUGAUAGUAAUUUUCAAUUAGUAGAAACAGUUAACAACUUUUUCUACUACUAAGACCACAAUUUCUCUUGAUGGAUGAUAAUCAAAGACCAAAAUAACAUUCCUCGCAAAUUUUGAAGUAUAAUUAGUGGAACAGUGAAAAGUUUGAUAAUUUUUUUCUACUAAUUGAAAAUGUCGACCACUAAUUUUGACGUUCUGAAUGCUUAUACUACAUUGAAAUUAAAGGAACUACGCUAAUUGCGAGGUUCUGAAUGAAGCUUGAGGGUUUAAUGUGUAUAAAUUUAUUAAUAUUAUACAGAGAACUCUUACAGAGAUCGCGAGUUUAAAAAAUGUUUCCAACAAAGAUAUUGCUAAUUUGUCAGUUAUAAUAAUAUAAGCGAGACCCAACAAAAAACCUAGAAGUACAACCAUUUUCAAAAACAAAUGUUAAAUUGUACAUUAUACUAUAGAGUAUUUCCAUUAGGUUGCUCAAAUUAGCUCCUAUAUGUUGACAAUGUAAUAUAGAGAAUAUACAUACAUGUUUAAUAUAACUGGUUCAAGAAAAUAUGCAUGAUAAAAUUAAUCGUAUUUAUUUAUAAUAAAUAUUGAAAAUUUAUAAUUAUUUACACUAUUUGCAUACAGGAUGAGUCUUAAAGAAGUGCAUAUAUUUUUAGGGAUAGUAUAUUUCGACCCCAGGAAAACGACUAUGAGUUUUUUUUUCGCAAAAAAGUUGUUGAAAAUCAUUCCACUUUCUUUUAAAUUUUCCUGUGUAUUUUAGAAAACUUUUGAGAACUGCCAGUUCACCGCCAAUAUUCCCACGGUAUAAUUUCUUAAUCUCUGAUAUUACCAUGACUAUGGCCAUUUACGGCACGGAAAGGAAUACAAAUACAGAAAAAAAAUUCAAACUUGAAUAAAUAACUCAGAUUUUUUGGACUUAUUUGAAAAACGGCAAAGAUAAAAUCUGUUUCUUUUAUCGAGGUCUAGCAGUCCUGAAAAUACUAGCACUUAUUUAAGACUCACCCUGUAUAACAAUCAUCGCACGGUUGGUUCAAGUAAUGUCGAUGUAAAUAAAUAAAACCCAUUAUUCUAUUCCUGAGCCUUUGUAAUUAAUUUAUCACUCUGAACAAAUUACAAAAUGCUUUCCAUAUGUCCGGAUUUACUCGGACGUGUCCGGGUUUUUAGGGGGUUUGGGAUUACCCGGCCGGAAUUUGAAAACAAAAAAUCGGGGCAACAUAAUCGUUUUAAUUAUUACUCUAAUUUUCAUUUUGAUAUUUUUGUAAUUAAAAAACGCUUUUCCAUUAAUAUCAAAAUAUAUAAGAACACAUUUCAUCAUAGUAGAAAAAGAGACCAUUAAAUGUAGUAAGUAGUACUAGAUUUUCCCUAAAAGUAUUCAAUAAAAUUACCCAUUUCACUGAUUUGCUUAGUGUUAGGUCUGCAAUUGAUUGAGUUAAAGAUUUAUUUAUUUUGAUUUUUAUUGUUAUAGAUACGUCUGGCUGUAAUUACUCUUAUUUAACUGUUAUAUUUAAUGUAUUAUUUUAUAUAGAAGCUGUAUUUUAUUGUAUUAAACAGUAUUUCGAUUU